AUCAUCCAGAAUAUCUCCCUCAUCAUUACAGCAAUGAAGUCGUUUUUUCUGCUCCUUGGACUACUCCUGACCUGUGGCCAGUUUGAAGUUCAAUCAGCGGAUCUCUGUCCCACCGUCUGCCCGACAAUCUACAAUCCAGUCUGCGGAGAGACCCGAAUAAAUGGUCGACUGGUGCGCUGCCAGUUCAGCAAUAGCUGCGUCAUGGGAGUCAGCGGUUGUGUCAAUCGUCUGAACUGGUGUGCCACGGACUUGAGAAAUUGCAGAGUGAAUCCAGAUAUUUGCAAAAGAUUGGGAGGAACAGGCCCAACUGUGACGUGAGUUUGCUCUGCAAAUAUUGUCGUCUUGGCAGAAUAAAAGUUGGUUUUUUUUGUUUGUGCCAAAAUACAACUGAUGUCAGCAAAUUUUUGACGUCUUCUCGGUGUAGGGUACUCGUAUACGCAAAACUUAAAAC